CUACAUUACCCAGAAAUGACUUGAAAGCGCUUCCGGUUCUGUUAAUUUGCGAGCAGAAGUCACUCGAAAAGGAUUAGCUAGCGUGCUAGCAACAGAAACACUUUCAGAUGUAGAAAUAAGAGCUGAACGCGGAGCUGAAAGCGUCACCAUAUAGAGAGUCAGCAGGUAAACCAGUUAAAUCCCCCCUCCCUUCCUCCAGCUGUUGCCAUGGCAAUCCUUUUUGCUGUGGUGGCUCGUGGAACCACCAUCCUGGCCAAACAUGCUUGGUGCGGCGGGAAUUUCCUGGAAGUUACGGAACAGAUUUUGGCCAAAAUUCCUUCAGAGAAUAAUAAACUGACCUACAGCCACGGCAGUUAUCUCUUCCAUUACAUCUGCCAUGACCGAAUCAUCUACCUGUGCAUCACAGAUGAUGAUUUUGAACGAUCACGUGCGUUCAGCUUCCUCGGUGAAGUGAAGAAGCGCUUCCAGACUACAUAUGGGUCCCGAGCGCAAACCGCUCUACCUUAUGCCAUGAACAGCGAGUUUUCCUCUACACUCGCAGCACAGAUGAAACACCACUCAGACCCACGGGGUUCAGAUCGUGUGACUGAGACCCAGAUGCAAGUUGAUGACCUAAAGGGUAUCAUGGUUCGUGAUAUUGACUUGGUGGCUCAGAGAGGAGAGAAGCUGGAGUUGCUGAUUGACAAGACAGAAAAUCUGGUUGAUUCAUCAGUCACAUUUAAAACCACGAGUCGUAACCUCGCACGGGCCAUGUGCAUGAAGAACCUCAAGCUGACGGUGGUUGUUGUGCUGGUGUGUCUAGUGAUCCUUUACAUCAUCGUGUCUGCUUCCUGUGGAGGCCUCAGCUGGCCGUCAUGUGUCAAGAAAUAAGACAGGAAGUGGGGAUAAAAGAGGCAGAAUGAGGAAGUGGGGGAAAGAUGGACUACUGCAACUCUCUUUUCUAAACCCCCUCUCUUAAACAUCGCUGGAAGACGCAUGCUUCAUCUGCCCCUCCCCCACUCUAAAAACCUGCACAUUUAUUUGCCUUCAGGACUAGGAGUCCCAACGUUAUGCCCGCAUUUAUAAGCAGAGUGGCCUAAAUCCGACGUGGAAGAAUAUAUGUGGUCCUGUUGUCCGUCUGGUACAUUCAUCCCAUUUCAUGCACUUGUGGGCCUGACUUGUCAGGUUGUGAUCCUGUCUGUGUAAAUAGUCCAUUCAGAGUGAUGAACCACAAAGUUUAACUUGUUGAUGUCCAGAGAAAUGAUAAUACCUGCAGCAUCGGUAGCUGCCAUCAUUUGCUUGAGAUCGGUGAGAUUUCCAUGCUCAAGAGUUUGAGCGUCCACUAACUGAAAUAGCUUGGCCUAAUCUGAUGCAGACUGUUUAAUCACAUCAACAUUAACCUCUAAAAUAGGUCAUAAAAUAGCAGAUAUGAUCAGAAGAUGCAUAUUGUACAUCAAAUUAAUAUCAGUGAUUGUUAGUGGUUGGUUUGAAGGAUAAUUUUCCUCUUGGUUGUGAACCUGAUCUAAAGCUUGUUUCUCUUCCUUCCUACGGGAUGCUCAAUGUGCCCACCAUGUUUGUUGGUUUACACAGUGCACUUUUGAUAAUGUACAUACAUGUUUGUUCUCUGGCAUCAUAUGGCUUUUGAACAUGUAAUUUAACUACUGUACAUCCAGAUUUAAAUAAAUGAAAUAAUCUGAUGGCUUUAAAAGAAGGAUCUCUGCACAUAGAGCGAGAGAAAGAUGAAUGGCUUGUUAAUUUAAAGGUCAUUACAAUAAGAGAACCGCCCUUCAGUAUCAGGGGGAGGGAUCAUUUAGACGGUUAGAAAAGAGUAGAGUAUUUACUCGGAAUGAAAUGUUAUUUUUAAGUAAAUGAUGAGAUCUCUAAAAGAAAUGUUAAAUGUAUUGCUUUAAAAAAUAACCUGAAAUUCUUUCAUAGUUUGAAUUAACAUGCAAACUCAAUGACUUUAGAAAAGAUCGACUGUAUUCACUGGUUAUUUUCCUACACUUCAAUAAAGAAGUAAUGAGA